CUAGUGCCAUUUAUAAGUAAUUAAGAUCCCUCUUCAUUUUUAGUUACCGUCUGUACGCAAGUGUAUUUAAUGGCUCAUGUUUUGUAGAGUAGUGGAAUAUUGUUUGCUUAAAAAGUAAACGAAUUCUAUUUCUUGAAUACUAAGUUUAAAGCAGACCGAAAAUGGCUGCUGGUAUAAGCUGUGCGUUACGAAGAAUUAUAUCCACUGCCGCGACCCUUAGCCAAGGACAUUUAAAAUAUGGAGCGUCUUUGAAUUUCGUAAGACAUGCCACUUGGUACCCUGAUGCUGAGUUUUUCAAGCAGUUUGAUGGUCCUGUUAUGUAUCCAGAUGAAAUUUCCUCAAAGUGGAAGCUACCCCCCUGGAAUUCUAAAAUACCUCCUGUAGAAAAAACUGUCCGUAACAUCGCAUUAAACUUUGGUCCACAACACCCAGCAGCUCAUGGUGUUUUGCGGAUGGUGUUAGAACUAGAUGGAGAGACAGUUAUGCGGGCUGAUCCUCACAUUGGUUUGUUAUUUCUACGUGUUAAAAUAUAUUUUUAUUUAGAGAUUUUCAUAACUCUUUUUUUUUGGUAUAGUGGUGUUAUGUUACGAGGUUCGGGAAUCAAAUGGGAUAUCAGAAAAGCACAGCCAUAUGAUGCUUAUGACCAGGUAGAGUUUGAUGUACCGAUAGGAGUCCGAGGAGAUUGCUACGACAGGUAUUUGUGUCGUAUUGAAGAAAUGAGGCAGAGUCUUAACAUUAUGUACCAAUGUCUCAACAAGAUGCCACCAGGAGAAAUCAAGGUGGAUGACAACAAAAUUUCACCCCCUAAGAGAGCAGAAAUGAAGUCUUCCAUGGAAGCAUUAAUCCACCACUUUAAACUGUUUACUGAAGGAUACCAAGUUCCUCCAGGUGCAACUUAUACAGCAGUGGAGGCUCCUAAAGGGGAGUUUGGUGUCUACCUAGUAUCUGAUGGUACAAGUCGUCCGUACAGGUGCAAGAUUAAGGCUCCUGGGUUUGCUCAUCUUUCUGCUAUUGACGAAAUGGGUAGAAACCAUAUGCUAGCAGAUAUUGUUGCAAUUGUUGGUACCCUUGACAUUGUAUUUGGUGAAAUUGACCGUUAACCCGAGUCACGAGUACCUUGUGAUAGUGUAGAUGUAAAACCAGUAGUAUUAGCAUCAAGGCUUAGCAGUUGAUUGUUAGAAGUGUUGUAAAGAAAUGUUUACUUUCAGCUGGAAAGUGUAUACUUUUGAAGGUAAAUAAACAAAAAAAAAAUCUUUUCACUGAAAAAAA